GGCCAAAGACAUGAAGAAUCGACUGGCUUUCCUGCGGAGGAGGAAUGAGUCCCCAGGAAGCAACUCAGCCGGCAAGUUGGACAAAACUAUGAAGUCAGUCAAGCCCACCCCAGAGGAAGCACUGAAAUGGGGAGACUCACUUGACAAGCUGCUGGGACAUAAAUAUGGUCUGGCAGCCUUCAGAGCUUUUCUGCGCACAGAGUUCAGCGAAGAGAACCUGGAAUUUUGGCUAGCGUGCGAGGAAUACAAGAAGAUCAAGUCACAGUCGAAGAUGGCUUCAAAAGCCAAGAAAAUCUUUGCAGAAUACAUCGCUAUACAGUCUUGUAAAGAGGUGAAUCUGGAUUCGUACACUAGAGAUCACACAAAGGACAACCUGCAGAAUGUGACACGCUCCUGCUUUGACCUAGCACAGAGGCGGAUAUACGGGUUGAUGGAAAAGGACUCAUACCCCCGCUUCCUGCGCUCUGAACUCUACUUGGACUUAAUCAACCAAAAAAAACCCAGCGCCACGUCCACCUCAUCCUCAUCAUAAGACAUGAGGAGGAACACGAGGAGAAAAGAACGAUGAUGACAGAAACUAAGGGGCAGACUUGAAAAACAAAAAAACUAAGAGUGGGUGGAAUGUGAGCUUUGUGGUUUGCCUUUUUUAUUUUUUAUUUUUUAUUUUUGUGUGUAUGUGUGCCAUCCUGUUCAGUUUGAUUUCUACGUUAGUGGCAUGAGAGGACACAGCAAAGCUACGACGCUGCAAAGGACUAGUUUACCCAGUUACCAGGUGGAUGGUUGGAUGAAUGCAUGGAUGUUUAUAGAAUUACAAAAGCCUGUGAACAAGGCUGGAGCAAGAGCUGGACGCUUGUCUGAUCACUGUUGUUGUUUUUAUUAUUAUUAUUAUUAUUUUUGUGAGCUUUUUUUAUGUUAAGGUCAACUGUUUUUGUCCAGUUGUACUGGAGAAAAGGAGGGGUUUCACCAAAAACACCCUGCAGACGUGAAGACAGUCCGGUACUGUUUUAUCACUUUUCCCCUUUAUCUCUUUGGAGACUCCCUCUCUAAACCUCCUCCUUUGCUCCAUCUUGUCCUCCCCCGUGAAACGACUUCAAAGCUAUUGGUACGACUUUAAGUCUUUUUUUUUCCUCCUUGUCUUUUCAUCAAACUCCUAGCUUUGGUGUUGAAAAGGGGGGAAAAAAACAAAGUGUUUGAAUGAUGAAACCCAAAACAUUGUGGCUCUGUUUUCUACAUGCAUCUGUUAAAACUUUCCAUCCACUCGAAGCUUCUUUGAAUGGUUUUCACCCUUUUUCAAAUCAAGACUGGAUCGUUUCAGCAGAGAUGACAACGGAGACAGAUGAGCAAUGAAUUUCUAGAUGUUUGACUAACGGAUGAGCCUGGAGCUGUGCUGCAACCCAAAUAUGCAUACCUCUCCCAUCCGAAGACGUUAAAGGUCAAGUGUGAAACCAGAGAUGGAAAACAGAAAGACGACUUGCUUCCUGCCUCCAAAGACUGUUUACUAAAAGGAACGAGAAAUCAGGAAGAAAACAUCUCCUUUAACAUUGUAGCGUAUUCUAGACUAAUCAGGAAGCAUUCUCAGGACAUAGCUCUAACAGGUUGCAGCUUGGUAAAAGUCUUGUUUUCGACACAUUCACAGCUUUUCUCUUUUUUUCCCCCACUCUUUCCACACUCCCUUAUUUCACUCACAAAGGUUUUUCUUUUUUAAUAGAGGAAAAAAACUGUUACUUGUGCAGAGUUUGCCUAUUUAUUUAGAUUAACUUGCUGGAUGCUUCUAAAGACACCUUGACGUCCUCUAAAGCACUCACUCAGCCCUAGAGCUUCUACUUUCCUCCUAACCACCAAACAGGUCCGAUGCUGUCCUGAUUUAAGUGCAAUAUUUUUAUUUUAUUGUAUUUUUUUAUUUUAUUAUCAUGUUUGGUUUGUUACUUUAUUUGAAAAAAAAAACAUUACAUUUUUAACAUGGACGACGAAAACAGCUUGAGCUCUGCAUCAUCUUUAUUUGUUAAGAGAAAAUUACUUAGAGCUAUAAGGUUGACUUGCAAUGUAAACUUUCAAGAAGCAUAAGUAGUUUAAUGAAUUUUAAGCAAGUGAAUCUUAACUGUGUUAACCUCUAGCAGCAGGCAGCUGGGGGGAAAUAAAUGGUUGUAAAUAUAAUUCUUUAAGAAAACUAUGUGAUAACACAUUUUAAAAAAGACACAAAAAAGAAGAAACCAAUAGGUCUCUGCUGUUAAUGAUAGUGGGACCCUGAUGUAUUUAUGUAAAUAUAAGAGACUCAAAAAUAUAAGAUGGCGUCUAUUGUUAAAAAAAAAUUUAAAAAAUGGGUGCGAGCGGGUGCAUCUGCUCUUAUUCCUGGUCAUACACUGCUUGUAAGGAGUUUUCAGAAAUGCAUUUUAUCAUUUCCACUGUUUACAAUUCAAAAUGCAUCUCCUAUGAUAGCAAGUGAAAACAGUAGAGUACAUUUGGUGUCAUUGCUAAUGAGAAAUAAACCAACCAAAUGAGAAAGUA